AUGUCUGAUACAGAAAGUGUUUUCCAGCCUACGGGCAACAACCACAACACGUUACGCACUGAUGAAAUAUUGAAUGAUCAUAGAAACCAAGAUACUAGUGUUGGUUCGGCAAUUAUCGAUGAUGGAGAUGAUCACCUCGAUCCAGUAGGAGUCUCCUCACAAGACAAUCCACGUUCAAAGGGAAGGACCUCAAGUAAAGCCGAAUCAGAUUUAGGUGAAGGUAACAAUCCCGAUGCUAUUUCUAAUCCAGCCACUAGUGGUAGAAGGAAGAGUACAAGAAGAACUUCAGCAAGAAGGCAAUCAAUCGGAGAGGGAGCAUUGCCUUCUCAAUUUCAACUGUACAAUCAAAGUCAACCCAAUAGGUCGUACAUGGCAUCCUUGCGUAAGGACUUUUACUUGGAAGAUGAUGAAGAUAAUACAGCUUUGCCAGUACCUAUCAUAAACAAUCCAACAAAUAGUGGAAAGCCAAGAAGCAAGUCAACCAUUGAGACGUUGGCACCCAUAAUAAAGAAAAAGACCCAUCGCAGCAACUCAAAUAAUUUAGAAGCUGAUAUUCUGAGCCCAUUAACGAAAAUCAAAACGAAUGACUCGUUUAUAAUCACAAGCAAUGGCAAUGGAGAGGAAGUAAAAAUUAGAAGACCUUCCAAAUCAUCGAUUGAUAGCGAAGCCGAUUCGCACGGAUCAAGAUCUUCACAAGAAACGGAAGAAGAUGUUUGUUUUCCUAUGAUGAGAGAGCACGUUAAGGUUAAUGGUAUUGAUUUUGACGAGAUUGAUGAGUUCAUCAGGGAGGAAAGAGAGGAGGCAGCUAUGCAACGUGAGUUUUUAACGAGGAAUCAACUGGCAAUUGAAGAAAUUAGCUAUGAAAAUUCGCGCAAGUUUGACAAUUUGAGAAGAAGUGGUAGUGCCAAUGCAAUACCAUCAAACACCUCUGGAUUGAGUCGGCAACCCACUAGUACAGCGGCACUCAAAUACACCCCUAAAAAUAUUUUACAUAAAACAUUUCAACGUUCUAAUGAAGUGCCAGAGUCAACAAGCACUACAUCAUCUUCAUUGGAAGAGUUGAAGGCCAGGCAAGCUGUAGGGGCAGAUGAUGCGUCUUCGAUGGAACAGGUCAAAUUUGGUGGUGCCAGGGUUACCGAUGGUACUAAUGGUACUUUGCCUGAUAGAUUUUCUUUCUUCCAUUCUGAGUCUGAAGAAACUGUGCAUGCACCUGAUAUUCCUUCACUUGUUCCCAAUGGUGAAUCAAUACAAGAGCUUUUCCACAAUGGAGAAGAAACUUGGUGGUUGGAUUGUACAUGUCCUACUGAUGCCGAGAUGAAAAUGCUUGCCAAGGCGUUUGGAAUUCACCCUUUGACAGCUGAGGAUAUCCGAAUGCAGGAAACACGAGAAAAAGUGGAGUUGUUUAAAAGUUAUUAUUUUGUUUGUUUCCACACUUUUGAAGCAGACAAGGAAUCUGAAGAUUAUCUUGAACCAAUUAAUGUCUAUAUUGUUGUUUUCCGCGAUGGUAUACUCACCUUCCAUUUCUCUCCAUUGACACAUCCAGCAAGUGUUAGAAGAAGAGUGAGGCAAUUGAGAGAUUAUGUCGACGUUACUGCUGAUUGGCUAUGCUAUGCAAUGAUUGAUGACAUCACUGAUAGUUUUGCCCCCGUAAUACAUGGAAUUGAAUAUGAGGCGGAUGCUAUUGAGGAUGCUGUUUUCACCGCGAGGGACACCGACUUUAGUAAUAUGUUGCAAAGAAUCGGAGAGUCACGAAGAAAAGUAAUGACGUUGAUGAGACUACUUUCUGGAAAAGCUGACGUUAUCAAGAUGUUUGCCAAAAGGUGUCAAGAUGAAGCAGCUUUAGGGUACGAAAAACAGCAGCAACAGCAGCGUCGGCAACAGCGUCUCCAUCAGGAUUAUGCAUCCCCGCGCUCAUCGUCAGCAAACAUUCCUGAAACGCAUGGUAGUGGAGGAGGAGGUGGUGGUGGGGGUAAUACGCCUUCGAAUAAUUCCACCGGACACAAUGGCAUGCCCUCAUCUUUCGGCCAAUCACAGGCUUGGCUGCAAAACAUGGCUGAUAAUGCGCGUCCUCGUGCAGACAUUGCAUUGUAUUUGGGCGAUAUUCAGGAUCAUAUAAUUACCAUGUUUCAAAAUUUGUUGGCGUAUGAGAAAAUUUUCUCGCGGUCUCAUUCCAACUACUUGGCACAAUUGCAAGUGGAAAGUUUCAAUUCCAACAACAAAAUUACAGAGAUGUUUUCCAAGGUAACAAUCAUUGGUACAAUGUUGGUUCCAUUGAAUUUGGUGACUGGUUUGUUUGGAAUGAAUGUAACAGUUCCUGGACAAGAUUCAAGCAUAGCUUGGUUUUUUGGUAUCGUUGGUGUAUUGAUACUUGUUGUGAUUGGAAGUAUAGCAUUUGCUAAUUGGUGGUUGAAGAGUAUUAAUAGGCAAAUUGAUAAGGAGAAAAGAGCAGGUUUCAGUUCAUCUAGAAGGAGCAUUCGGAGUUUGGGGUUAAGGCGUCACAGUGCCAAGUCGGUGAUAAGCUUUCCCAACAAAUACGAUUAA